AUGUACUUUAACUUUCGACUUGGUCGAGACGCUCAACAAACUACCAAGUGCAUUAAAUUUGCAUUGUCUGCCUUGAACCUUAGCUUCUGUUUUCUUGGAUUAUGGGGACAUCAGGCGUGGAACUACAUCCCCCGUUUUCUAAUCUGCGCUCUGGCCAUCUACAAGGUCUUCUUCUUGUCAUACAUCGACGUUUUCCAAAAGUGUGGAAGUUUUAACUACUCUUCAGAGGCAAUGAAGCUGGCCCUACGCCAUGGCAAUGUCAUUGGCAACAUCGACUUGACGAUAUUCGCAAUGGGAUCUAUCUUCUCAUAUCUUGUUUUUAUUGGUUGCUUUAUGGCAGCCAAACGCAAAGUGUCAGCCUUAGUGACGCCAUCACAGUUAAUAAGUAAAGACAUUGAAAAGAGAGGUACGUUCGUGUUAUUUCUUGCUUUGCUCAUUUCCACCCUGUUGUUACUUUGCUCAGCACUCCUGUAUUUUAAAAUACUUCAAGACAACUUGGUAAUUGAAGAAUCAUAUUGUAAAACGCUUGUGGCAACAGGAGAAGCGGCCAAGUUCUUAUUACACUGGGUGUCAGUCGUCACUUGUCACAUCUUCGCAGUCAGUUCAUUGGCACUUGGUAGGUUCAUUCAUUCUUUUUUAUUAUUCUCUUAAUAGCUGGGUUUAAAGCAUGCUGCUGCUGUGCUUAAGUGGUUUAACUCUAUAACGAAUGUAGGACGACUUGGUUUCAGACGUCGAAUAUAAAGCUGUUGCCUGUUUAUAAUUUAUGACUUGCGUUUUCAAGUCGUUUAAAAUAUUGUAUGGUUCUUUCACUCCCGGCUUUCACUUUGGCAAGCUGGGGCUAUAUCCCGUCACUGGACAAUUUCAACCCGAGUGACACAGGUGUCAGUGUGGAUUAGAGAAAACGUACCAUGUGGAUGAAAAAACAAAGCUAAGCAGCCCUUUAUAGUAGGCUUAAUUUACCUUGCAAAUAAAAUAAAAAUAUGCAUGUAUAUGUAGACUACGAGUAGUCCCACAUUUUUCCUCAGAGAUAGUAGAGCGAGCGAAACGCAAGCGAGCGUGAAAAUCACCCCACGCGAGAAGAAGCGACACUCCCUCUCCCCGCCGCUUGGCAGACUACUCGUAGUCUAAUGUAUAUGUGGUGGCUCUUUGUUGCGAAUCAUAAUAAAUAAAUAAAUAAAUAAAUAAAACAAAUCAAAACAAGCAGAAAUAACAUUUAAUAAUAACUACAUCGAAUUAAAGAAUUUUCAUUUCUAUAUAUUCUAACGUUACACUGGCAUAUUGGUACAAUGUAAGACGAUUACCCAGCCCUGAAUCUAUGGUCUAACAACAGAUCCUUUUCUUUCUUUAAUUUUUAUGCAGGGACUUUUGUGGAGGACGCCCUCAGAAUCAUCCGAGAGCUUCAAGACGGGACCCUUGAUGACGUCAUUAGAAUUCACGAAGACCUAUGCACAGUAGUUUUUAGCACCGUAUCAGCCUACAGUGUUUGGUUCGUAAUUCACUGGUUCACUUACGCUGCAGGCGUUCUCUUAUUUAUCAUUUGGGUAUCUACUGAAGUUGAACAACUCUUGCGGAACGGGAUUGGAAUUCCCACAGUUGUCUUGGUUUAUGAUGGAGUUAUCCUUGUUUGUCUUGUUUAUUUGUUUUUACUUCCUUGUGUAUGUGCUGCUAGAAUUACAAGCGGUUGUGCUGGUAAGGUGAAGAUAAAUAGAAGAUAUAUAUAUUUUUUCAUGCAACCCACCUACCCCUGGCCUAAACCAAUAUCAUCACUUGCUUCUCGCUUAGGGCAAAAUGUUGUCUUAGGGGAGGGGUAGGUGGGCAGUUUCCGUAGUUUCUUAGCUUUUUUAGGUGUUGCGGACGGGUGCAAUCAGCAAAUGACGUUAUACAAAAGAUUAAAAAGACAAUACCCACACAACAACACACAAGCCAACCAACAAUGGUUUCUGCAGCAGCAAAAUACACCCAAGAGAGUCAACUAAAAGGCGUAAAGAAAGACAGGGACGAAUGCUCCGUUUCAGUCUAAUAAUGUAAAUUCCCCGUUGCUAAUGUUUACUAAACCUGCAGCGAUAAUAUAAUGCUAUAAAGAAUAGCACUAUGAUAAAUUAGCAGUAGGAUAAAAGCAAUAAUAUUUGCUUGCGAGUAGGAAUUUUAUGCUUUCUUCUCCUGGCUUUCAUUUUGAGUAAUGCGUUCUGAUGGUGUGACAUCAUCCGGGUGAAUGCCAAGGGGUCAGGGCAGUUCAUUUGAUUGUUAGCCCCUGUUAGUUAGUUGUGUUACGAGUGCCGAUAUCUAUCGAUAUCGAGGCUAUCAGCUAGCUCUUCUACUCCGAGUGCUAGAAGAAAGAAUAGCACUUUAACUAGAGGUAAUCAUUGAUUAGAGAUCCCGCGUUCGUCACUUACGGAAACGAAAUCGAGUCGAAAGGAGUCCAGUUUCCUGGCCCGCGAGAUGCCCCUGAUAAAAUUAAUAGGGGGCGGCUAAUUUGCAGUCGCCCGUGAUAGCUCGAAAAGUUCUGCCUUAGUGCCACAGGAACACCAGAUUAGGAUGCGUUCUGACCGUGAAAGUGAUAAAUUAACAGUAGGAUAAAGUGAAUAGUGGUUAAGACGAUUAGCUUCAAAACUUGUCAUGAAGCGGCUGUACCAUGUUUUCAAUUCUAACGUUAGCUUUUACUUUUGCUUUGAAGGAAUCUACGAAAAAAUUAACAGCACCACAUCUUCUGACUGGAAUGAAGGCCAUCCUUUCAGGGAUCGCAGAAACAUCGCUUUAUUCAUUACGUACGCAAAAGAAAGGCGGUGCGGAUUCAGAGUCGGAAGAAUGACGUUUAAUACUUCUUUGGCGUGGAUCUCUUUCUUUUUUGGGCUCACGGCUUUGUUGUAUCACUUGUUUUAGCAUCAAGACAACGACAUUACUUGCUUUAGUUUAUGUAAAGCUAUUUUGUCUAUUAGAUCUAAGGAUCCCUGGAAGUUAAGUGUCUAUAAACGGAGAUAACUACAUAGUACUCUCUUUUUCAUAAGAAUGUUUAUUUUCAUGCCGAAGCUGUUGACGAUGUUCUAAUGUUUCUGCCGUCACUUAAGGUUGAAAAUAUUUUUGUGAACAUUUUUAUCGCGAAGCAUUGUAAUUGCAGUUUUAAUAGACCAGGACCAGUAAUGAAACUUAUUACUGUGCUGUGAACCUAUGAAUGAAUGAAUUUCACGGGUUAAGAUGAACUCAACAAAUUGGCCUGCUUCCAGUGUAUGGGUCUUCCUGAGCUCAGUUGUUAGAGCACUGCAGUGUUAAAGUACAGGCCAUGGGCUCGAAUCCUGUUGAAGUCCCGUAAAUUUUCGGGUUAAUCUGCAAUUGCUUCUAGUAAAUAGCAAUUACCACUGCGACGAUCAUAUCUUCGUUUAAAUUUGCAUUUCCGUUGUGCACAUCACCUUCAUUCUAUGAUGAAAAUUGUAAUUUCCAGAAUGGGCUCCUGGAAGGUAUUGUUCCUCAACUGCAAGUAUAAUUUUGAUUUGUAAAAUCUGGAGUCCUUCUCAAUUUGAUUGCUAAAUGAAAAGUCUAUCUAAAGUUGCAAAAGCUUGGAAGCCUCAGAGAAAGAAGGAACUGAUAAGAAGGAAAAAAGUAAUGAAGAAGCCAGGUUUGAAUAUUUAAUGUUUUACUGACACUUGCGGGUUAGGAAAUAGUUUAAUUGGGUCUUUUCAAGUUACCCUGUGUCUUACUUAAUAUGAUCUAAUAUGUGCUCUGCAAAAUAUAUCGCCGUAGGAUUUCAGAGGCCACCUCCUGUUUCGUAACUAAGCAACCACCAUUAGUUUAACUACUCACCCAGUUCGUCCACGCCAAAGACCUCUCUGACAGUGUUAGCUUGGUUUAACCUUCUGGAAAUGACUAAGGGAAC